ACUAAAACUAGGAAUAUGAAAAAAAAAGUGAAGACGUCAAAAAUUUGCAGCAUAUUGUCAAAUUAGUUACAUAUAUAUUAAAUUGAAUUUCAGGAUUGAAAUUUUUUACAUUAUUGAGUCAUUUUAGUUUCAUUUAUGAAAAUCUUUAAAAUAUAAUUAAAUGGCUUCGUCUCGUAUUCAGGCUACUGCACGACAAUUAUCUAAAACAUACAAGAAAAAAAGUAGAUUUGAAAUUGGCAUAGCAUCAGAGUUACCUCAAGCUUAUAAGAAAUUUUGGCGUGAAUGGAAAGUUUUGAAACCAGCUGCUGUUCAUUUUAUCCCUCAAGAAGGAAAGUGGAAACGUGACGAACUUACUGGGGAAACUUUGCCAAUUCAAAAUAUCCCCAUACCAUUGAAGCAUCCAGAUGAAAUUCACGAAGGUAUAUGGGGUGGUGAAGCUGUUGUGAAAGGUUUCCAAAAGCGUGAUCCAUUACGUCGCCGUGUACCACAUUACUGGGUGCCAGUCUUAAAGAGGACUGUUGUAAGAUCAGAGGUGCUGAACACCCACCUUUCUGUUACUGUAACUGACAGAACUAUUAAACUUAUUCAUGAUCAUUAUGGAUUUGAUCACUACUUGCUCAAAACACCUGCCUGUGACUUAGUGUCUAUGCUUGCUUUGAAAUUAAAGAAACAAAUACUAACUGAGCUUAUGAACGGAUGCCCAAGAUAUGCUCAUGAUCAACAGAAACAGAAAGAAAUUUAUGAUGAAUAUAAGACAUAUUUAUCAUCAUAUACUCCUGAGGAAAUUGAAUGGUAUGGUUUGACUUGGUACGAAGCAUUAAACAAAAUGGCUAAACAAAAGGAAGCAGCCAACAAACCAAUUCCUUUAAAAAAUAUCUAUAGAAAAAAUCUUGUUGAAAAACUUAAAGCAGCAGGCAUUGAAGGAAAAAAAGCUUCUCUUGAUGAAAUAUCAAACACAACAUCUUGGCUAGCAAAGAUGAACCCCUUUGGCAAAAAAGAUGAAGCUUAGUAACAAAGGUAGUGAAUUUAAAUUGAGAAACUAAUUGUUAAUGUUGUUUUAGACUUGAUGUAAUAUUUAAAGUAGAUAGACGUGUUUAAUUACUGA